GUCCAAUAGCAAGACUGCAAUUCCCAGUUUCCACACAGGUUCAGAAUCGCUGCGGCCACACUGUGCAAUUGCCCUUAAACUGAAAUACCAGAGCCACGUCCGCCGCCUAUUCGCCGAAGUUUUGCCUGACCACUAGACAGCGCAAAAAACCCCUCGACCUCCCACAACUCAACCUCAACUGAACGGACGACGGAACAGCAACUAUGCCGAACAACCGAGUCAUAAAGAUGUCGAAGGUGAAGCAGUCCGAAAAGGCGCACCCAUACUCCCGCAAAGCUGUCCAAAUGCGGCGAGCCAUGAAUCGCGAAGACAAGCUCGCGAAAAACAAGUCUGCGUCAGACGUGAAGAAGACACGGGCAGUCGAACGGAUGCUGUGGUUCAAGUACGCCCUAGACGAGGAACUCACUGCGGCGACGAAGGAGCAGGUGCACGAUAUCAUUGGACAGUAUAUCAACCGCUACGACUUGGAGAUUGCGGAGUUGACUGAGAACAUGCGCAAGGGCCGUCCACCACCGGCUCGGUUGGAGUUGUUGAAGACGCUGCGAUCGAAGGAUAUUCAGGAGUACAACACGGGCAUUGAGGUACCGCAAAUGAUGCACCCAAAAAACGUCGUUGCUCUGCGGAAGUGGGAAGGCGAUUACAACGGGAUUGGGGAAAUCAAGACUGUCGUCGUAAGGAAAGCGGAUGGCGCAAGUGCUCCUCCCGCCGAUCCGAUAAGCAAACUGACAGGGAUGGAUGUGGAUGCAUGAAGAAAAUAGCCGAAAGUUUUUGAUACCCCAUUCGUCGCACGCGUAUUUAUUUAGAUCAGAGUAGAUUCCUUGAGGCAGUUCAAUUUUGGCCAUCUUUAUUUACGAAACCAUUUUGCAUAGUGAUUACAGAACA